ACGAGGGUGAUCGUCAAUUCAACAUGGCGGCCGGUUCCUGAAAGAAGGCUUUGUUUUCUUGUCAUGGAUUUUGAAUUCAAACUUAAAUCCAACGAGCAAAGGGAACGAGUUGAAGAUAAAUUUGACUUUGAAGGCUGCAAAGUAGGCCGAGGAACUUAUGGACAUGUUUACAAGGCGAAACAAAAAGACUGUCCAAAUGGGAAAUACUUCGCUCUCAAGCAGAUUGAAGGGACCGGUAUCUCGAUGUCAGCAUGCCGCGAGAUAGCACUUCUGAGGGAACUGAAGCACCCAAAUGUGAUUGCAUUACAACGUGUGUUCCUUUCUCAUGCUGAUCGCAAAGUUUGGCUCCUUUUUGAUUUUGCAGAGCAUGAUCUCUGGCACAUUAUCAAAUAUCACCGAGCCUCUAAAGCCCAAAAGAAAGCUGUCCCUGUUCCAAAAGGAAUGGUGAAGUCUUUGCUUUAUCAGAUCCUGGAUGGCAUCCACUACCUUCAUUCCAACUGGGUGCUACAUAGAGACUUGAAACCAGCAAACAUACUUGUCAUGGGUGAGGGACCAGAGAAAGGAAGAGUAAAAAUUGCUGACAUGGGAUUUGCCAGGCUGUUCAAUGCUCCAUUAAAGCCUCUUGCUGAUCUGGAUCCAGUUGUGGUGACAUUUUGGUACAGAGCACCUGAGUUACUUCUUGGUGCUAGACAUUAUACUAAAGCCAUAGAUAUAUGGGCUAUAGGCUGUAUUUUUGCAGAGCUAUUAACAUGUGAACCCAUAUUUCAUUGUCGUCAAGAGGAUAUCAAAACUAGCAAUCCUUAUCACCAUGAACAGCUUGAUAGGAUAUUCAACGUAAUGGGAUUUCCACAAGAGAAAGACUGGGAGGAUAUCAAGAAGAUGCCAGAACAUGGCACCCUUCAGAAAGACUUCAGAAAAGCAAACUAUGUAAAUGCUAGUUUGUGGAAAUACAUGGAGAAACACAAAGUCAAACAGGACAGUAGAGCAUUCCAACUGCUCUCCAAGUUACUGGUGAUGGACCCAAACAAAAGGAUAACAUCGGAUCAGGCUUUGCAAGAUCCUUACUUUAAAGAAGAUCCUUUACCAACACCUGAUGCCUUUGCCGGGAUGACAAUACCUUAUCCUAAAAGAGAAUUUCUCAAUGAUGAUGACAGUGACUCGAAGUCCAGUGCUGCAAAGACUAACCCGGGCAAGCAAGAGAACUCGGACAAUAACGGGCAGCCGAGUGCUAAGAGAGUGCGCGUCGUAUCUGCGCACACGACUGAACAGUUUCAGCAAAAGCAGCAGUCGUUCGCAUUCCAAGGACAGAACAAUCAACAGGCCCAGGCGUCCAACAGCCAGCAGUCUGCUCAUGUUGGACGGUUCUUACAACAGCAGCAGUUUUCUACAAAUAACACUCAGGGCCAGUCCACCCCUACCAACCGACAAUUCUGAAUUCUGAUAAUUGUAUGCUGCCUGGCCUCUGUGCUGGGUUAGUCCUUUUGUUUUGGAUUAUACCACUUUAUUCCGAGCCGUGGAAUUUUAAGGUACGCCACUCUAAAGGCGGGAAAGGCGUUAUACGGGUAUAUCUAGUGUUGUCCCGCCGGCUAAAUGGAAGACAUAAAAUGGCACUGGUUUCACAGCUUCCAGUGUUUUCCCGCCAUAGAGUGACACGUGCUUCACAGCCUCCAGUGUUUUUCUCUACCAUUCCCGUACAAGAAGGAGUCGUUUAUAAAGCAGUGAUAAAGUCACUGAUUUUUUUUUUUCCAGUGCAGCAUUUUGUUUUGAAUUCAUAUAAUGUAAAAUAUAACACGAGUGGCUGUACUUUUCCUCCACUAACACGCACUAGCCUUCAGGCUAAUGUGUUUCC